ACCCGCUGCCUCCUCCACGGCCCAGAACCGCAGCGAGCGCCGGGUGCGGCGCUGCCGCCGCCGGGAUGUGACCUUCACCGUCGCUUGGCCAGGAUGACCGGAGCCCGUGUCCCGCGGCGUCCGCGCCUCGCUUCAGCCUCCCGGGUACUCUGACCGCACGCUCCCGGCUGCCAGGCUCCCCGGCCCGGGCCUCGCCAUGCCGCCACCGCCCGGGCCCGCCGCCGCCCUGGGCACUGCGCUUCUGCUGCUCCUGCUGGCCUCCGAGUCUUCUCACACUGUGCUGUUGCGGGCGCGUGAGGCGGCGCAGUUCCUGCGGCCCAGGCAGCGCCGCGCCUACCAAGUCUUUGAGGAGGCCAAGCAGGGCCACCUGGAACGGGAGUGCGUGGAGGAGGUGUGCAGCAAAGAAGAGGCCAGAGAGGUGUUCGAGAACGACCCCGAGACGGAGUAUUUCUAUCCAAGAUAUCAAGAGUGUAUGAAAAAAUAUGGCAGGCCUGAAGAUAAAAACCCAGAUUUCGCCACAUGCGUUCAGAACUUGCCUGACCAGUGCACCCCAAACCCUUGUGAUAAGAAGGGGACUCAUGUCUGCCAAGACCUCAUGGGCACCUUCUUCUGCCUAUGCACAGACGGCUGGGGAGGCCGGCUCUGUGACAAAGAUGUCAAUGAGUGUGUCCAGAAGAAUGGGGGCUGCAGCCAGGUCUGCCACAACAAACCAGGAAGCUUCCAAUGUGCCUGCCAUAGCGGCUUCUCACUUGAGUCAGAUGGCAAGACCUGCCAAGAUAUCGAUGAAUGCACAGACUCAGACACCUGUGGGAAUGCGCGAUGCAAGAACCUACCAGGCUCCUACUCCUGCCUCUGCGACAAGGGAUACACGUACAGCUCCAAGGAGAAGACCUGCCAAGAUGUGGACGAGUGCCAGCAGGAUCGCUGUGAACAGAUGUGUGUCAACUCCCCGGGCAGCUAUACCUGCCACUGUGAUGGGCGAGGGGGCCUAAAGCUGUCCCCAGACAUGGAUACUUGUGAGGACAUCUUACCGUGUGUGCCCUUCAGCAUGGCCAAGAGCGUGAAGUCCUUGUACCUGGGCCGCAUGUUCAGCGGGACCCCCGUGAUUAGACUACGCUUCAAGAGGCUUCAGCCUACCAGGCUGCUGGCUGAAUUUGACUUCCGCACUUUUGAUCCUGAGGGAGUCCUCUUCUUCGCUGGAGGCCGUUCAGACAGCACCUGGAUUGUCCUGGGCCUGAGAGCCGGGCGGCUUGAGCUGCAGCUUCGGUACAAUGGUGUUGGGCGCAUCACCAGCAGCGGGCCAACCAUCAACCACGGCAUGUGGCAAACCAUCUCCGUGGAAGAGCUGGAACGUAACCUUGUCAUCAAAGUCAACAAAGAUGCCGUAAUGAAGAUCGCGGUAGCUGGGGAGCUGUUUCAGCAGGAGAGAGGCCUGUACCACCUGAAUCUCACCGUGGGCGGCAUUCCCUUCAAGGAGAGUGAGCUCGUCCAGCCUAUUAACCCUCGCCUGGACGGGUGCAUGAGGAGUUGGAACUGGCUGAACGGGGAAGACAGCGCCAUCCAGGAGACAGUCAAGGCGAAUACAAAAAUGCAGUGCUUCUCUGUGACUGAGAGGGGCUCCUUCUUCCCGGGGAAUGGAUUUGCUACCUACAGGCUCAACUACACCCGAACAUCACUGGAUGUCGGCACGGAAACCACCUGGGAAGUACAAGUUGUAGCUCGGAUCCGCCCUGCCACGGACACGGGGGUGCUGCUGGCACUGGUGGGGGAUGAUGAUGUCGUCCCCCUCUCUGUGGCCCUGGUCGACUACCACUCUACAAAGAAGCUCAAGAAGCAGUUGGUAGUCCUGGCAGUUGAGGAUGUUGCCCUGGCACUGAUGGAAAUCAAGGUGUGCGACAGCCAGGAACACACGGUCACCGUCACCCUGCGGGAGGGUGAGGCCACCCUGGAAGUGGAUGGCACGAAGGGCCAGAGUGAAGUGAGCACUGCCCAGCUGCAGGAGCGAUUGGACACACUUAAGACACAUCUGCAAGGCUCUGUGCGCACCUAUGUCGGAGGCCUGCCAGAAGUAUCGGUGAUUUCUGCCCCCGUCACUGCGUUCUACCGUGGAUGCAUGACUCUGGAGGUAAACGGGAAAAUCCUGGACCUGGAUACGGCCUCGUACAAGCACAGUGACAUCACCUCCCACUCCUGCCCACCUGUGGAGCAUGCCACACCUUAGACAGAGCUACGAGAAGGCGCCACACCUUAGAUGGAGCUACGAGAAGGCUCCACACCUACAGACAAAAAUGAAGCAGGGUUUGGACACACAGCACUGGUUCCUCUCGCAUGGUCCUGCAACGUUGGAGCAGGUGGGCUACCGCCCUUGUGGGUUUUUUCCCUUGAGAUCUUUCUUUUUGCCUUGUAAUAUAUCUGUACAUAAUGGGACAGGUGUCAGGUCACAGGCUGCUCAGAGAGAGCCACGUGACCUGGUGGGAGCUGGCUGGAAGGGGCUGGGCUGGAGGGGCUGGCAGUUUGCAGCAGAACGGAUGUGAAGAAAAUAAUUCUCUAUUAUUUUUAUUACUACAUGCUUCUUUCUGACUCUAAAAUAUGGAAAAUAAAAUAUUUACAGAAACCUUUUUAA